CAUAAAAUGAUUCUAGAAAAAGACCAUAUAAGUAAAUCUAAUCCUUCAACAAAGUUAGUAAAAGGCCCAAAUAUAUGGAAUGUUGUUGUAAUUGAUAAUAUCGAUUUCAAGAAUAUUGUUUUUAAGUAUAGAAAUAUUUAUGAUGUCAUACGGCAAUUCAUAUAUGCUACUCUAAGGAUGGUAUUUCAAUUUGAACUUCCGUUUAGUAUAUCGUCUCUUACUCAAGAAAAUCCAAACCCUCAAGAAAAUCUAUUUGGUCAAUUAGUAUUUACAUCCGAAUGGAAUGAUAAAUUCGAUCAAAUAAUAGAACAAUUACUAAAUAAAUACAAAAAAAACUUUGGAGUUAAAGAAAUUAAUAACGAAAUACUUACUAUUAUUGAGUCAAAAUGUUGA